AUGGCCCGGCUCUCUCUCGCGGCGUGCGCCGUCGCCUUCCACCUCUGCCUCCUCAUCUCCUCCUCCGCCUCCCUCCGCUGGCUCUCCGACAAAUCGGCGGCGGUGACCACGCCCGGCCAUGGCCUUGGCCAUGUCAGGACCAGGUCCGCCUACCACUUCCAGCCCGCCAAGAACUGGCAGAACGGUAUACACAUGGGUCCCAUGUACCACAACGGCCUGUACCACUUCUUCUACCAGUACAACCCCGACGGCGUGACGUGGGGCAACGGCAACCUGUCGUGGGGCCACUCCGUGUCCGUCGACCUUGUGAACUGGUUCGCCCUGGACGCGGCGCUCCAGCCCAGCCGCUCGUUCGACGCCAACGGCUGCUGGUCGGGCUCCGCCACCAUCCUCCCCGACGGCAGCCCCGUCAUGCUCUACACCGGCAUCGACGCCCGCGGUGACCAGGUCCAGAACGUCGCCUUCCCCAAGAACGCCUCCGACCCGCUCCUUGUCGAGUGGGUGAAGCCCGAGUACAACCCCGUCAUCCCCGUCCCCGCGGACAUCAAGCGCGACGACUUCCGUGACCCCUCCACGGCGUGGCUCGGCGCCGACGGCCUGUGGCGCAUCGCCGUCGCGGCCCGCGUCCAUGAUGUUGGGGGCGCCACGCUCAUCUACCGGAGCAAGGACUUCCUGCGCUGGGAGCGCAACGCUGACCCGCUUUAUUUGGCCCACGCCGCCGGCAUGGUGGAGUGCCCGGACCUGUUCCCGGUGUCUGAGCCCGGAGUGGAGGUUGGGCUCCCGGCGAGCGGCGCCGGGGCGAGGCACGUGCUCAAGAUGAGCGUCAUGGACACGGUCCAGGACUACUACGUGGUCGGGAGCUACGACGACACGGCGGACACCUUCGUGCCGGAGGACGACGACGACUGCCGGAGCUGGCGCCGCCUGGACUACGGCCACGUGUACGCGUCCAAGUCCUUCUUCGACCCGAGCAAGAACCGGCGCGUCCUCUGGGGCUGGGCCAACGAGUCCGACAGCGUGGCCGACGACCUCGUCAGGGGAUGGUCCGGUGUUCAGACUGUUCCGAGGAAGAUAUGGCUGGACGAAGACGGCAAGCAGCUGCGGCAGUGGCCGGUCGAGGAGAUCGAGACGCUGAGGAGCAAGCGAGUGAACCUGCUGAUACCGGAGGUGAACGCCGGCGGCGUGAACGAGAUCAUCGGCAUCGUGGGCGAGCAGGCGGACGUGGAGGUCGUGUUCGAGAUCCCGGCCCUGGAGCACGCCGACGUCCUGGAGCCCAACUGGCUGCUGGACCCGCAGAGCCUGUGCGGGGAGAAGGGCGCGUCGGUGCCGGGCAGCGUCGGCCCGUUCGGGCUGCUCGUCAUGGCCUCCGGCGACAUGCAGGAGCACACCGCCGUCUUCUUCAGGGUGUUCAGGCAGAACGACAAGUACAAGGUCCUCAUGUGCACCGACCUGUCAAGGUCGAGCACCAGAGACGGCGUGUACAAGCCGCCGUACGGGGCCUUCGUGGACAUGGACAUCGAGGCGCACAGCGGGAUCAUCUCCCUCAGAACACUGGUUGACCACUCGGUGGUGGAGAGCUUCGGCGGCGGCGGCAGGACGUGCAUCACGGCGAGGGUGUACCCGGACCACGUCGUGAACGGGAACAGCCACCUAUAUGUGUUCAACAACGGCACCGGCGCCGUCAAGGUGUCCAGCCUCGACGCCUGGGAGAUGGCCACGGCGACCGUGAACGUCCUCCCCGACGGGCUGAUCGCGGCGAGCUCGGUGAGCAGAGCUCAGGCCUAUUAG